GUGACUAGUGACAUAAUCAUAUAAUAGACAUAACCUCAAAACUAAAAGGCAGAACCUACAACAGUAAAGAAUUUAUUUCCAAAAAAUAGGAUUAUUAAAAUAACUGUGGUGUAUCGUUAGAAAAAGGAAUCGUUUACAUGCGUGUGUAAACUAUACUUAAAAACCCAUAAUGUCGUCUCUUCUACGAUCUACCAAGUUUGUGCGAUACUUUGCUGGUGCGGCUAGAACACUUAUAUUAAACUCUGCAAAAACAGCUGAAGCUAAUACUUUACUGAAUCCUAAAUCUCUAUGUGCUGCCAACAGCAUUUUACUGAGAGACUAUGCAACAAAAAAAUCAGAAAACUUGGAGCCAUUGCUACAAAGAUUGGAUUCGGAAGUAAGAAGAAAUGGAAGAAUAACUAAAAGGGACAUAGAUGAAGUGUUUGAUGAAAUCAGAGCAAAACAUGACAUUACAAGUUCACAAUCUUUACUAGUUAUAAGAUGUUGUGGUGAGCUUGUACCAGAAGAGUUACCAGAACAGAGAACUCUAUUAGUUCAGAAAAUAUGGAAUGUCCUAAACGAGAGAGGUGUACCCAUGGAUGUCUCCCAUUAUAAUGCCCUCCUGCGUGUUUAUUUGGAAAAUGAGCAUGCAUUUUCUCCUGCCCAAUUCCUUGAGGAAAUGGAAAGAAAGGGCCUGCAACCAAACAGAGUUACUUACCAACGUCUUAUGUGGAGGUAUUGUCAAGAAGGAGAUGUAGAAGGUGCAACCAAGGUUCUAGAAAAAAUGCGGGAGCUAAACAUGCCUGUGUCUGAACCUGUUUUAAAUGCUUUAGUUAUGGGUCAUGCAUUCCAUGGUGACACAGAAGGGGCUAAAGCUGUGUUAGAAACAAUGGCAGGUGCUGGCCUUAGUCCAUCGAACCGUACCUAUACUUUAUUAGCCUGUGGCUAUGCAAAAGAAGGUGAUAUUGAAAAUAUAAAUAAGGUUAUUGCUAUGGCUGAAGACAAAGAUGCACUUUUGUCAGAUAAGGAUAUUUUAGAUAUUGUAGAAUAUUUAGCAGUUGGCGGUCAUGAGAAUAAAGUAGAACAGUUAUAUACACACAUACGUAAAAGUGUGGGUUACAAUCAGGAUGUUUGCAAUCUUAUCUUAAGACUCCUGAACCAAGGCUGUGAUACAACUGCUAAAAGUAUUAUGAAAACCAUGUCAGCAUCAGUGAAUAUUGACGACUCCGGCAUUUUCUUCAAAGGGUCUUUUUAUGUGAAGCAUUUAAUCAAACUAAACAGACCAGUAGACUCUAUCAUUAAAUCAUGCAAAGAAUUACAAGAAGAAGCCUUAGUGCCCAAAGCAUUACAAAUUGCUACAGAAGUUUCGUUACAGCUAGGUCACACUGAACUGGCAUAUAAACUGUUUGGAGAAUUGAAAAAUGAGGGCUUUGAGAUUCGCCAACACUACUAUUGGCCACUGUUAACUCAAAAAGGAAAGGAAGGCGAUGAAGAGGGUCUGCUACAAAUUGUUCGGACCAUGACUACCGAAAACCUGUCUCCUUCCGGUGAAGCUCUGAGAGACUAUAUCAUACCGUACUUACUAAAGAAUGAUUCGCCACAAAACGUUAUAAUUAAACUUCAAUUGGCAAAUGUACCUGUUUUCCAUAGUGCAAGAAAUGUAAUUGUGGAACUUUUACGAAAGGACCAUAUAAAUGCCGCAGCAGAAAUCGCUUUAAAAUAUCGACCGAAAGGUGGAUUUUCUAUUAUCGGUCCAAUGUUAAUAAACGCUGUAACUAACACUAAAGAUAUUGAUUCCUUUGCCAAAAUUGUUCAUGUUCUGAGUAGUCUUCAACCAAAUACAGAAGAGGAUACGCCUGAUGAUGGUCCAGAACGGAGCACGGUUAACGAAGUAGGCCGUGUGGUUAGACAAGCAGUUAAAGCUUUGAAUAAAGCUGGAUUAUCAGAAAAUAUCCUGAAAGCCGUGUUAGACAGAGGAUUGCGCAUAGAUGUAGCUUCGGCUGAAGAGAUACAGCAAAUACUUGGCAAUAACAUGACAACAGAGAUUUCAAAGUUACUAUCAAGUUUGACGUCCUCAGAUCUAGAAUGCACACCGCUAGAAGCCUCCAAACUGCCAAACAAUAAGAAAAAAAUGAAUUCCCAACAACUGGAGAAUCUAAUUAAAAAAGUACAAAGCCAGGGUGGGAAUGUGGGUAGACUGCAAAAACAGCUACUCAUCACAUAUAUGGAGGAGAACAAUAUUGCGAAAUUGGAUAAUUACCUAACAGAAUUAAAGUCUUCCAACUUCGAACUAUCGAUGACGACCCUGACGCAAUUGUAUGAGGUGUAUUUGGAAAAUGAUAUGAUUGAGAAAGCGAAUGAAAUACACACCCAAAUAUUAAAUAAGAAUCCAGAAUUUGUUAUUAACAGAUUCAAGAAGGUUAUGAUGGCUGAAGCUUUGAUAAGGGCAAAUAAGUUUGAUGAGGCGAUACAGUAUCUUAAGGAUCAUAAGCCUACCGAUGAUAUAACAUCGAACUUUGCAUUGAAUGCCAAGUGUUGGCAAGUUCUGAAUGGAGUAUGUGAAGAGAAGGAUGUGGCCAAGAUUAAAACAUUAACGGAGACUCUAAUUAAUAACAAUUACAUUGAACCAUCAAAUGUACUAUUGGGACCAUUAAUCAAGGUACACAUUUUGAGGGAUGAUUUAGACUCGGCAUUGAGUGAAUUUGAGUAUUGCUGUAAACAGUAUAGAAGUACACCGUGGAAGGGAGAAUUGACUAAGGCGUUGAUUUUAAAUGAGGAUGCUAAUAAACUGCAAUGGCUCGCUGAUCUUAGUACACAGAUUCACGGCGAGAUCAACAUCCUCCAUGACCUGGUGCUGGCGUUCGUAGAAUGUGGCCGACUGCGCCAGGCCAGGAGAAUUCUGGAGACACCAGGGCUAUUGGCUAGACGACGAAAGGUCGAUGAAGCUUGCAGAAGAUAUGAAGAGGAAGGAAAGUCUGAAUACCUCGAAGGACUCCUGGAAGCAACUAGAGACUUGUCCAUUUUGGAUCGAUCUAACAUUUUCUACCACUUAUUAGUCACAUACUGCAAAGCAAACGAAACUGACAAAGCCUUAGGACUCUGGACCACAUUACAAGAAGAAGGCGAAAUCCCCACCGACGACUUUUUAAUUUACCUCGGCAACCAUUUGAAAUCGCAAAACAAAGAGGUCCCAUUCGUAAUCCCACAAAAGAAUCAAACAAAUGUACAGAAGAAAAAAGAAGAAGCGAUGAUCAAGACAAUAGCAGCCCCAAAGGAAUCAGCGAAACCCACCAAACGUGGGAUUUCUGAACAGAUAGAAAAACUUAUAAACGAUGGCCUCCUAUCCCAAGCUGUGGACUUCACGAUCAAAUCGGUGGAAGAUGGCGUCGUACCCAGAGAGAAUGUCAUAAAGUAUUUACUGAAGAACCUAGCCGCCGAAGGGAGUGUGGAGAAAAUUCAGAUGUUGGGGAGAUAUAUCAAUGAGGAGAUGAGGAAAAAAGUGACUUAUGAUGAUAAAAUGACGGCCGCGAUUUUCAAUAGGGGUGGUGGUGAUCAGCACGUGAAUAACUUGCUGUUGACCGUUGAAGCGACGCAAUCACCGGAUGAGUUGAAAUCGGUUUUAACGAAGUUUCCAAGGAGCAAAGCUUUGGCCACUGCUGUUUCUAAUGAUGAUUUGAGUAAAAAAUGUUUGAAAAUAGCGGAAAUAUCGGCUUCCAAAGGCAUAACUCUCCCCUUAAACCUUCUAUGGUUGGAAUACCUAAUUGCCGACAAGAAGGAAGAGGCUGACGCUAUAUGGAAGAAGUAUUUAAUUAAGUCUGAAUCCCUCGUCUUCCGGAGACUUCUACAAGAGAGUCACUUACAGAGUAGACCUAAACUUAUCGAAGAAUUAAUAAGCUACCUUAAAACUAAUUCUACUGUCGUUCCUACAACACUCGGAAAUGCAUAUUCCCGGUUAAUUAAUCUGCAUUUGGUACAUAAUAAUUUAGAUGAAGCGAAAGCGAAAGCGGAUGAAGCGUUCAAUAGCGGUUUGAAGGAUACUGAUUUAAAUAAAACGACUCUGCAAAGACUAAAGGCUGCAUUUGAAGAGGCCGGUAAGCCUUAUCAAUAAUACAAAUUUUAAAUUUCCGAAAACGGUUAGUUUUUUUGCAAACAAUUGAAUAUAGUCUUAUUCAUAAACGUUGAGAAAUAGAUAGUUAAUAGUCCUAAAAUAAUUUAUUUAUACAUUUCGUUCUGAACUUAACAUACUAUUUGAGGCUGUAUUUGAAGAGGUCGGUACGACUUAUCAAUAAUAUUAAUUUUAAGGGACCGAAAACUAUUAGUUCUUUACAAAUUCUUUAAAUUUUUAAUAUUCGUCCUUAAAUAAUUUUUGUCCUGAACUUAACAUGCUAUAAAACUAUUUGAGGCUAAACUUGAAGAGGCCUUUGAGGUUUUGACUUAUUCACAAAUCCUGAAACUAUUUAAUUAAAAUUGUCUAUCACAAUGAAAAAAUGUAACCGUUAAGGUUGCGUUUGAAAAGGCCAAGAGGCCUUUUAAUCUAAAAAUAUUGAGAUGUUUUAAAAACAGUUUAGUUUUGAAAACGCUAUUAAUAAAUUUUGUUGCGCAUACGUGGCAAAGAUUAUCGCUGUAUGUGGCUUGAAAAGGCCGGCCCUUUUAGCCCCUUUUUUGUAAUUUCUGAAGAAACGUUUAUGAAUAAGAGUUAUAUCGUAAUCGACAAUGUAUUAGAUAGUUUUGACAUGAUUGUUUAAGAAUAUUUGAGAAUUUGUAAAGGCUCCAUUUGAAAAACCAAAUGUUAUUUAGUUUGAUUAAACGCAGUGUACCAAAUAUUGUUCUGUUGCUUUUAUUACUUCUGUUUUCAUAUGUAUUAUAUUAAAAUGUUUAUAAGUUUCCUCCAAGUCGUUGGCUAAGACAAUGGUUAUUAAUUUUUUUAAAUGAUUUCAAUAAAUACUCUUCCGUAGUAAAUCCACUCUUAAAGAAUUGAAUAUUCAACAUUGUAUCUUUCUUUUUUAAAACCAUACAAAAACCUAUACACCAGUAGAUGUGACAGCUCUGAUAUCUCCUGUGUUGUUUGCUAUUUUGUUUUGUGCUUAUAUUGCUAAUUGCACAAUAGACUAUAUAAAUUAUGGCCAUGAUUAUAUAGACCUUAUCAAACUAGGGACAAAAUCUUGAGAUAAAUAACUUGCGAAGACCGCCAUUGCCUUUCAACAACCACUAUGUGGGAACCAGCAUCUCAUACCAUCGUAUUAACGAACCAAUUCGGCUUAGGGUCCUUAAUGACAAGAGCAUACUAAUUUUAAAAGGCCGGCAACGCACUCGCGAGCUAUCGUUAAGAGUUUCCAUGGUCGGCGGUAUUACUGUACAUCGGAUGAUUACUGCCAGUUAACACCCCGUUCUUAUUUCUUAUAUGUGAUACAAUUUGAGUCCAAAUUGCCUUUAAUCAAUUAAAAUGUAAAUGUAAAUAUGUUUUUCUACUGAUGUAGCUUGCCUGUAAAAACAUUACGUGAUUCAAAUAUUGUAUGGAUUAUUAUUGAUCACUAGUAGUAUGUAAUUUAGUUUUAUUAUAUUAAAAUAAUUGUCAGUAAGA